AUGGCGCCUUCCAAGCACCGCCGCGACGAGGAGCGCAAGCCGCUGCUGCAGGGCGUGACCGUCCUACACGAUGGCGGCGCCACGUCCGACAAGUCCAGCGGCACGUGGAUGCCCGUGGACGCGCCCGGCCUGGGCGACCGCUACCCGUCGCAGCUGAGCGGCUGCUGGGGCAACGUCUUCUUCUCGUGGGUCACGCCGCUCAUGAAGCUGGGCAACGAGCGCCCGCUCGAGAGCGACGACCUGUUCCAGCUCGACCCGCACAACCGCGCGACCAACGUGUCGCGCCAGUUCGGCGCCGCCUGGGAGCAGCAGAAGCAGAGCGGCAAGCCUAGCCUCGUGUGGGCGCUGGGCAAGGCCUUCGGCUUCAAGUUCGUGGUGGCGGGCUUCCUCAAGCUCAUCCACGACUCGCUGCAGUUCGUGGGCCCCAUGAUCAUCAAGGACAUCAUCGCGUACCUGAGCGACCCGACGGCGCCGCUGUCUGAGGGCCUCACUUACGCCGGCGUCAUCUUCGUGUCGGGCGUCGUGCAGUCCUUCGCGCUGCGCCAGUACUUCUUCUACUGCUACGAGACGGGCAUGCAGUUCCGCAGCGCCAUCGUCACGGCCGUGUUCGAGAAGUCCAUGGUGCUGUCGGCGGCCGCGCGCCAGCAGCGCACGUCGGGCGAGAUCACUAACCUCAUGUCCAUCGACGCGCAGCGGCUGCAGGACAUGACGCCGUACCUGCACGCCGUGUGGUACGCGGCCUUCCAGAUCAUCGUGUCGUGCUUCCUGCUGUGGCAGCAGAUCGGCGUGGCGACGUUCGCCGGUGUGGCCGUGAUCCUGCUGGUGAUCCCGUUGAUGACCUUCAUCUCCAAGGCCAUGCGCAAGCUGCAGCAGCGCCUGAUGGAGGUCAAGGACGAGCGUAUCAAGAUCUGCGUCGAGGUGCUGUCCGGCAUCAAGGUUGUCAAGCUCAAGGCGUGGGAGAACUCGUUCGGCCAGCGCGUCAUGAAGUUCCGCGACGAGGAGCUGGCGCGCCUCAGGACGUACGUGUUCGCGCGCAGUACGUCCAACACGCUGUUCAGCUUUGUGCCAUCGCUGGUGACUGUGGUGUCUUUCAGUGCGUACGUGCUCCUGGGUCACACGCUGGACGUCGGCACGGCGUUGACGAGUCUGGCGCUGUUCAACAUCCUGCGUUUCCCGCUGUUCAUGCUGCCGCAGGUGCUGAACAACGUCGUGGAGGCGAGCGUGAGUUUCGACCGUCUGCGCAGCUACUUCCUGGCCGAGGAGCGCAUCAAGGUGGGCGAGGGCGACUUGACGGAGGUCGGUAUCUCCGUGCAGGGUGCCGACUUCAAGUGGGACGCUGCCCCUCCGGCUGAGGGUGACAACAAGAAGGAGAAGGAGGAGGAGAAGGAAGCGCUGGUGACUCCCGUCGCCGAGGACCCCACGCUCCGCCACAUCGACUUUUCGGCCAAGAAGGGCGAGCUACACGCUAUCGUGGGUCAUGUUGGCAGUGGCAAGUCGACGCUGCUGGCUGGAAUCCUUGGCGAUGCUCGCUGCAGUGCCGGCACGGUGGCGCUUCGUGGCAAGGUGGCGUACGUCUCGCAGCAGCCGUUCAUUCAGAACGCGACGGUGCGCGAUAACAUCACAUUCGGUCUUCCGUUCAACGCCGGAAAGUACGAGGAGGCUCUGCGUGGUAUCAACCUGAGUGGUGGCCAGCGCACGCGUGUUGCCAUUGCUCGUGCUGUAUACCAGGACGCUGAUAUCUACCUGCUCGAUGACAUUCUGUCGGCGGUGGACAGUCACGUGGGUGCCGACAUCUUCAACGAGUGCAUCAAGAAGACGCUGAAGGACAAGCUGGUGGUGCUGGUGACGCACUCGCUGAGCUUCGUCAACCAGUGCGACCAGAUCGCUGUGAUUGCCGACGGAAGAAUUGCCGAGCACGGCUCAUACAAGAAGCUGAUGGCGAAGAAGAACGUAUUGGCUCAGAUGGUGUCGAACUACGUGGAGAGCCACAAGGAUGAGGAGGACGAGGAGAACACUACGUCGGCUGAGUCGGUGGAGGACGAAUUGGCUGACUCAAGCGACGACGAGAGGAUGUCGACUGAGGGCCGCAUGCACCGCCGUUCUCGUGUGUCGUCUACGAGGAGCGACGACAGCCAGGCGUUUGAAGAGGAAGGCCAGUUAAUGGUGGAGGAGGACCGGUCGGUUGGCGAUGUGUCUUGGUCUGUCUAUCGCGUGUGGAUUAGUGCGUUCGGUGGCAUGUGCGCCGCGUUCCUGGUCGUGUUGGGUUUCUUUGCCGCACAAGGUUUGACCCUGCUGGCAACCGUGUGGAUUUCGUACUGGUCGGAGGAAGCGUCGAAGUACCCGGACUCGCAGAUGUACUAUGUGUACGUGUACAUGCUGAUCAACCUGGCGUACGCGGUGCUGCUGUUCAUCCGCGUGGUUCUGCUGUACCUGGGCUCCCUCCACGCGAGUCGCCUGCUCUUCAACAAGCUGCUUAACCAGAUUCUGCGCGCGCCUACCUCGUUCUUCGAUACGACGCCGCUGGGCCGCAUUGUGAACCGCAUGUCGAAAGACAUUUACACACUGGAUGAAGCCAUCCCUGGCACGGUCGUGGGUCUUCUGAACACUAUGGUGUCCGUCGUCAUCACACUGGUCACGAUUUCGUACGUUACUCCGAUGUUCAUGGUGAUUCUUGCCCCCGUCCUGGCUGGAUACUACUGCUCGCAGCGGUACUUCAUCAAGACUUCUCGUGAGCUGCAGCGAUUGGACUCCAUCAGCCGUUCCCCUAUAUUCGCCCUGCUUUCCGAGACUCUGGAUGGCCUCUCAACGAUUCGUGCUUUCGGCGUAGAGAGCAGCUUCAUCGGCCACAACAACUACCUUCUGGACAAGAACCAGCGUGCGUAUUUCCUCAACUUCACCAUCAACUGCUGGCUGGCGCUGCGCCUCGAGUUUGUCGGCACGUGCAUCGCGGCCGCUGCUGCCUUUGCCGCGGUCAUUGCCCACGGCACAAACGCUGCGGAGGGCACGGCUUUCGCUGGCAUUGUUGGUGUCGCACUCACGUACGCGUUCACUAUCACGCAGCCCUUGAACUGGACCGUGCGCAUGCUCAGCCAGUUGCAGACGCAGAUGGUAUCCGUGGAGCGCAUCCAGACCUACACUGAUAUGCCGACUGAAGCGGCCCUAGAGAGCACCGCCGCUCAGAAGCCAGCCUUGGAGUGGCCUACUGCCGGUGCCAUCAGCUUCAACCGUGUGGACCUCCGCUACCGUCCUGGCCUCCCGCGUGUGCUUCGUGGACUAACGUUCAGCGUGAACCCCAAGGAGAAGAUCGGCAUCGUCGGUCGUACGGGCGCUGGCAAGAGCAGUCUGAUCGUGGGUCUCAUGCGACUCGUGGAGCUUGACGCGGGCUCCAUCACGAUCGAUGGCGUCAAUAUCAGCAAGAUUGGCCUGCAUGACCUCCGCGCCAACAUCGCCAUCAUCCCGCAGGACCCCGUGCUGUUCUCAGGCACGGUGCGCUCGAAUCUGGACCCGUUCAACCAGUUUUCGGACGACCAGAUCUGGACUUCCAUCAAGCGCGCGUCGCUGCAGAAGGCGGUCACGUCGCUGGACGACGUCGUGGACGAGAAGGGCUCGAACUUCAGCGUGGGCGAGCGUCAGCUGCUGUCCAUCGCUCGUGCGCUGCUGAAGCGCUCGAAGGUGAUUCUGAUGGACGAGGCCACAGCGUCGAUCGACCCGGAGACGGACCGUCAGAUCCAGCAGAGCAUCCGCGAGGAGUUCCGCGACUGCACCACGCUCACGAUCGCGCACCGCAUCAACACGAUCCUGGACUCGGACCGCAUUCUGGUGAUGGAGAAGGGCUCGGUGGCCGAGUUCGGCUCGCCCGCGGAGCUGCAACGCAAGACUGACGGCAUCUUCAAGUCGCUCGUGGACGCCUGGCGCCAGAGUAGCGAGAAGUGA